UAGGCCAGCGUUUGUCAACAAUACGGCAGACAGAACGCGCCAGCCGAACGGUACAGAGUUUCAUAAUGAGCCAAAUCUGUGACAUCCAAUUGGAAAGACCCAGUGGGGUCUACUAUGCCGGCGAAACGGUCAAUGGACACAUUUACUUAACUCUAACGGAGCGUGCCCUAAUCAAAGUGAUUUCCUUGGAGUCGAAUGGCUACGCGUCAACGUCGUGGGAUACGCCAAAGAAAUCAAAGAAGGAUAAGACGGGUCGUCAGCCAGAAGUCGUUACGUCUGUUAGCUAUGCCCAGCGUGUCGACUACUUUGCCAAGGUGGAUUACUUUGUGGGCUCGGAGGCGGCGCUGCCGCAGCUAAUGGCUGCUGGCGCCUACCGAUACGACUUCAGUGUCCAGUUGCCAGCGAACUGCCCCAGCAGCUUCGAGGGCUUACAUGGCCACAUACGCUACAUGCUGCAGCUGCAUGUGCAGCGUAGUGCGGAGCAGCCAACGGAGCCGAGCUUUGUACGACAGCUGCAGGUGCUGAGUUGUACAUCGAGUCAACAGUUGCAGCAGCAGCAACAGCUGGGCGAGCAACCUAGUGAGAUGAGCGCCGUUGAACAGAAGUCGACGUUGAAGUUCUGGCACCGUGCGUUGCAGCUGCAGCUUGAUAUACCUCGCUCGAGCUACGAGCCGGGCAUGGGCAUCUCAGUGCACGUACGGCUGCACAACGAGCAGGAGCUACCUCUGCAGGAGAUCGUCUACAAGCUGAAUCAGGUAACUACGUAUGUGGGUAACCAGCUGGAUAAGCCCAAGCGCACAGCGCAGCAAGUGGAUCGCCGCCAACUGGUCAGCAGCAGCUAUCAGUUAGUCACGUGUCCGCGCAACGAGCUGCUCAACUUUCAGCAUCUGCACACGUUGCAAGUGCCACAGGCGUCGCCUACGCUGGGAGCUAACGUGUGCGCCUGUCUGCAGCUCGGCUACGAACUGGAGGUUCUGGUUCAGACUAAAAAGCCGCAACGUUUUAUUUCGGCACGAAUGCCAAUCAUUAUAUAUAAGACACCAAGCGCAACGCAGGAGCCAGUGGUCAUCUCCAGUGCGCCGAGUCGCGCCCCGGAAGCAAACAGCUUUAUCCCAGCUGCGCCUAAUCUAUCCGCCUCCAUGAGCUCGCUGGCUUCCCAUUUCCGCGAAGCCGACUUCAUGAUUGCCACCAAUCUGAACAAGGAUAAGCACGCGAUGUCUGGGGAACAGCUCGAUUUUAGACCACGUUAUCUCUACUUUGAAAUGGAACAUGCCGAAGCAGAAAAAGUUCUCUAGAUCUGUACUAUAUAUACAAACAUUAAAUUUAGUCUUUUAU